GCACAUCCUCAUUAGGUAAUAUCAGGUGAUGGAAGAAGUGUUCACAGUCCUCACAUUCUAAAAGUAGCACUACCACACAGUCCUGCAGUGAAAUUGUACAGUCUAUGGUAUGUAAUGUUAUGUGUUAUCAGCAAAGUGUACUUUAAAUAUCAAAGGCAAGUACACAACGGAGUAAAGUGGCUCCUGUGGGUAUUUUACUGUUGUAUAUUAUAUAUAUAUAUUAUAUUAGCUACCACUGACGCUUUAACAUGAAAGCAUACAGUGGAAAAUGGCAGGCUCUUACUGUCCUGUCCCAGUUGAGUCCACUUCAUGUUUUCCUCUGAACACUGAUCGCUAACACGCCAUCAGACCACUGCAUUGCACAUCCCGCACCACCCAGGCCUCUGACAACUGGAAAUAAGCAGGUGCUGAUAACAGCCUAUUCCAACCACCAACCAACUAGCAAGUCUGGCCUUUGUGUACCUGCUUCUCAGGUAAGAGGCAGGGGGCAGUGCCACCCACGAGGUAGGAGGGAUGCCUGUGGAGGGCGGAAGCAGUGGCAGCUCUGCUUCGGCUGCCCGUCACCCCAAGCAGAAGCGCAAGGCUCACAGUUUGUCUAUCCGGCGCACCAACAGCACAGAGGAGAGGCCACCUGGCAUCCAAAGAGGAGACAUGCUGGAGGGACAGGACUCCAAGCUGCCACUCUCCUUACGGAACAAUCUUCUUGACCUUUUUGGCCAGAUUGAGCGAGAGUUUGAGAAUCUCUACAUUGAAAACCUUGAAUUACGCCGAGAAAUUGACUCUCUGAAUGAGCGUCUAACCGGAGAUGGACAGACUAUUGAGGGGGGAGACCCCACCAAGGGAGCUCUGAAAACAAAAGCCAGCCACAGCACCAGUCAACUGUCACAGAAGCUGAAAACGACCUACAAAGCCUCUACCAGCAAGUGCUUGUACACAUUCCACGGCAAAAUAGGGGGACCUCGCAACUUCAGUGUGGCCACAUGGGAGUUGUGGGGAGGAGAUUCAUGGAUUGUGUCCAGUUUUAAAGCCACCACAGGGUCCCGGGCUUUGUGCCAGCUGCUCAAAGAGUAUGUGGGCCACCGGGACGGCAUCUGGGACCUCAGCAUCACCCGAACUCAGCCAGUGGUCCUGGGCACCGCCUCUGCAGAUCACUCCGCUCUGCUGUGGAGCAUAGAGACUGGCAAAUGUCUGCUGAGGUAUGCUGGCCAUGCAGGAUCAGUUAACUCCAUCAAGUUCCACCCAACAGAGCAGAUGGCCCUCACUGCCUCUGGAGACCAGACAGCACACAUCUGGCGCUACAUGGUGCAGCUUCCUGUCCCCCAGCCACCACCAGAUGUCAGUGCUCUAUGUGAUGACGACCAGGACUCAUCAGACCGAGAAGAAGGUGAGGUGGAUGGUGAAGGCCCUGGCGAGGUCCCCACCGUCCGGGUCCCUACAGGAACCCUGAAGAGCCACCAGGGUGUAGUGAUCGCAGCUGAUUGGUUGGUGGGAGGCCGACAAGUGGUGACAGCUUCCUGGGAUCGUGCUGCCAACCUGUAUGAGGUGGAGACGUCUGAACUGGUUCACACACUCACUGGACAUGACCAGGAGCUGACCCACUGCUGUACCCACCCUACCCAGCGUCUGGUGGUCACUUCAUCCAGAGACACCACCUUCCGACUGUGGGACUUCAGAGACCCGUCCAUCCACUCUGUCAACGUCUUCCAGGGACACACUGACACGGUGACGUCAGCAGUGUUCACGGUGGGUGACAAUGUGGUUUCAGGGAGUGACGACCGCACCGUCAAGGUGUGGGAUUUGAAGAACAUGAGGUCGCCUAUAGCAACCAUCCGCACUGACUCCGCUGUAAACAGGAUAAGCGUCUCUGCCAACCAGAAGAUCAUCGCUCUGCCACACGACAAUCGACAAGUCCGACUGUUUGAUAUGAGUGGAGUGAGGCUGGCCAGACUUCCACGCAGCAACAGAAUGGGUCACAGGCGAAUGGUGUGUUGUACGGCGUGGAAUGAAGAGAACCAGUCGUGCAACCUGUUCACCUGCGGCUUCGACCGACAGGCCAUCGGCUGGAACAUCAACAUCCCGGCCCUGCUGCAGGAGAAGUGACGCCACUGACAUGCACACACAGCAGAAACACACAGUAACGUAGGAGACGGUACACAUAAACACUGCAAUCUGUGUCCUCGCACAUGCUAAAAUGUUUGAAGUGUUCAACCUGUGAAGCAUUUUAGUUGUCAUGUAUUUCACUGAUUUCCAGCUGCUGGAAUGUGUGAAAAACAUUGUUCAUUAUUACAAUUCGUGCUGCAGCUAUUAACAUUAAUUAGCAAGAGCAUAUUCCCCAGAUGUAUGUAACUCUGUCAUUUGUUGUGUACACCCACAGCAGAAACCUUGAAACAUCUUCUGCUGUUAAGUGAGCCGACAUGGCUCCAACAUUUUUAAAGUGUAUAGUGUGUACGAGGCCACAGAGCUGAUCUCCUGUGUUUCACCCUUUCAGUUAGCAUGCAUUGUGAAUUGUGACGUGGCUAGGCUGAUCGUGUCAUUCCCAGCCUUUUCUGUUUUUAAAGUUUUAAAGUAAUAUGUGUGACUCCUCAGUCAUAGGCUGCUCUUCACAUCACUGUUGUUUAGUUACUGCCGAACGGUUGCUCUUGCAUGUCGAUAAACCCGGUGUGCGAAUGUUACUUGUAAAGGUGUGAGAGAACAAAUAGAAGGCCAGGAGAGUUUGUAGUAUAGGAUAUAAAUAGGUUAUGUAUAUAUAAUGUUGUGGCCUAAAUAAGUGACCUGUGUUGCAGGUUGUUGCUUGUUCAUGGAUUAAGUGUCUUACAGAUUAAGUGUCUUGCGGCGAUAAUGUGGUUCUGUGAAAUGUUUUUUAUUCUUUUAGUCUACUUAUAGAGAUAUAAUAUUUCUCAUCAUGGAACAAAACAUAUCAUAUUGAGGCCUGCCAGAUUACCUGUGCAGCAUGCAGGCUGCUGGGUCAUUCAGUUGUCUUUCAAAUGUUUCAAACAGGAUCUGCUGCAGGUUUGCGUCUUUGCCUAUUACAUUACAUUUUGAUGCUUUCGGUUCACGGCCAGCGUCCACAGUUCCACAUUUUGUUGUCAACAUGUCAAACUUAUGAUACUGUAACUCUGCCUUGUUCCAUGUUUACAGAAGGCUUUUCAUUUUAAAAAGUAUUGCUCUGUUCUGCCUCUCUAUCAAGAGAAUAGCAAUAAUGGGAAAAUGACAGCACUUCUGUUGUUAACAAUGCAACGUGUCCACAUUAUCAUAAUCUAGUAUUUCCUAUAUGUUGCAGGUUUAGGUGUCACUACUUUUGGCCAUAAUAUGCACCCAUAUUUUCUUGGUGUCAGUGAAAUUCAGACCCAUCCUCUUCACCCUGUUGCUAACUCAGAACCCUGUGUUGCUGUACUGUGUCGUCCCUAAGUGAACUUGUUGGUUACUGGUCAUUUCUGUGCUUCAGUAACAGCCUGUCAAUACGAAGUUAUAGUGUUUACACUUUGCAUUGAACCUUAGCCUUGUACUGUAUGACCUCUUGCACCUUUUUGUUGUAGAUGGCGCUUUUCAGUCUCUGAAAGGCAAUCUUUAUCCAAAUACAGAAGCAAUAACCCAGCUCCUCUAUGCUUCCUGCGAAGCCGAUUUCUGUCUCGGAAAUCAGUGAACAUGGCUUGAAGUACACACUGAAUCUCAGUUUGAGAAUUAUAACUAGAAUUGGGCUUGACCUGAAUCCAGGACACUCUAUUUGUUACACUUGUGCAAUAUCCUGAACAUGAAGUCAGGCUGUAGUUUUUCUCAUCUUCAGAUGUUUUAACUUAUUUCAGUGCUGUAAAUCCCAUAAAAUGAUUUUACUUGUGUGACUGGUGUAGAUGUAGCUCAGUGUACAUAGGUAUGCAUUACUUACCCAAACAUUGGCCUCAGAAUACACACUUUACUGCUCUUUCCGCCAACAAUAGAGUCGAGAUGGAUUUAGAAGUAGCGUGAGCCUAAAAAUAUAAAAAACCUAUUGAAAUGCCUUACCAUUGCAUUUAAAAUGGUGCAUUAGCCGUAUCCAUCUGAGCAUCAGUGCACUUUUCCAAAUGCUUGUUAAAUAACUAAUUGUGUUCCACUGCACAGUGCAGAUAGGAUUUUUAUUCCUGUUUCACUCAGGGAACUCAAUCUCACGCCCACUGAUAUCAAUGUCACUUUGAUCUGCAGGUAGAAAGGCAAGUCCGAUUUGCGCCCCACAUAUGAAUUCUAACUCGGAGGAAAUAUGAUUUUGGAUUGAUACAUUAAAUUAUUGCGUGCCAGAUUGGAGGGGUAAAAAAAGUGGACAGGCUUCACUUCAUUGUUGCAAAUCAUAUUCACUUCAAACUUCGUUAUGUGAUCUACUUUGCAUACUUUAUUGUGACGGGUACGUGCUCGCUGACACUUUCCAAUAAAAAUGUGUGAUUUCCUUUUCCA